CUGUCAUCGGAUUAGAGCCGAGCCGCUGCCCCGUGUCUGUGUGUGUCAGAGCAGCAUGGUCUGGAGCUGGAGCCUGGGGGGAGGAAGCGGCUCCGAGUGAGAGCCCCGAGCGCAGAGUGAGCGGAGCGGUGCGGCUUCAGGGCGGGCUCCGCACCCGGGGAGCGGCAGCGAGGACAUGGGGCUUCAAGGAUGAUCGCUGAUCGGGAGGAACCCACAGGGACAGGCACCGAGGGAGACAAGGAGCCCAAACACUCCCAGCCCACCCCACCCCACUCCACCAUCCUAAAAAUAAACCCCCAGGAUCUUAACCCACUUUCUCCCCCCAAACCCAGGACCUUAAUCCACUCCCCUUACCACCCCCAAAAGAACUCGGACCUCAGACCCCACCCCCCAACCCCCAAAGAAAACCCAGGACUUCAACCUACUUCCCCCUCCGCCCAAUUUCCUAAGACUGUAGCCCAUUCCUUUUCCCAUCCAACCCAAAAGGAGCAUCCUGGGAUUCUACUCGUUUAAUCUCCAAGGACCCAAUUCAUCAGGAUUCAACACUAUUUGCUUCCCCCAUCCCCCCCACUCAAGGCCUUGAACCCCGCACCCUCACAACCCUCACCCCAGGACCCUUCAUAACCCUCACCCCAGGACCUCUGUCUGAGGAGUCUGACUCUCAUUCACCUGGAACUCUUCUGUCAGCAAAGAACUAUUGCACACUCGGAUCCAGGGCGAUGGGUUCCCAGGGGUGGUAGUUGUGAGAGUUUCCCUGUCUGCCUCUCCUCAGUUCUCUCUUGUUUUAUUAUUGGGGACCCCACCACAUGCUGCUGAUGACGGAGGUGAGAUUGGCAGAGGACAGUGGGAAAACCAGGACAACUGCCAUGUCACCCAAUACAACCCAUCACCUGCAGGUGUUCGAAGAGGAGUGGGAGGAUGCCGAGUUUGAGGAAAAUUGUGAGGCAGGCAAGGAGCCUGAUACCUACAGUGUCUUGUCAGAUGAUUCCUUCUAUCCUCCUGACCUGCAGUCAAUUAACAGUGAGGCUGAGAUCGCAACAAGUGGCCCACUUAGCCUGUACCAGGCCUGCGCCAUAAACAAUGCCAUUGGACUUAAGGAAUUGAUGUGUCAGGAGCUGAGUGAACAGGUGGUGAUGGAGAAGGACAGAAAUGGAAGGACUGGGCUGAUGGUGGCCUGUUACCAGGGGUUCAUGGACAUUGUCUUUCUAUUGGCUGGAUGCCCCCACCUUGAUGUCAACUGGCAGGACAAAGAAGGCAACACAGCUCUGAUUAUUGCAACACAAGCAGGACACAUCACAAUCACAAAUUGCUUGCUGAACUAUUUUCCCGGAAUUGACAUCGAGAGGAGGAAUGCGCAUGGUUUCACUGCCCUGAUGAAAGCAGGAAUGCAAGGGAAAACAGAUUGUGUCAGAGCCCUGAUGUUGGCAGGUGCAGAUAUGAAUGCCACGGAUCCGGGAAGGGGUUUUACCCCACAACAGUGGGCACAGUUUACAGGACGGUAUGAAACCAUCUGUCUCAUGCGUAAACUCCUGGCUAGGCCUUGUCCCAUCCAGUUCAGUGACCGAUAUAAGCCCGAAUGGCCAAAAUUGAAAGAACUCGUAGCCAAAGCCAACGAGCCCAAGAACUGUUUGGAAAAACUCUGUGAGGCGAUCACAUCAACCUUGACUAUCAACUUUCCCCGUGACCCGCAAGAGGAUGGGCCUCUUGACCACAUGGUCCAGAUGACCACCGCCAUCUCCAGCCCUUUUGUUGCCACCGGGUGUAGGACAGUCUGCCCGAGCAGCCCUCCUUGUGUGGGCAAGAGGAGGUUCACCGUGCAAGAGAUCCUGAGGAAGCAGAAAUCUCGGGACAUGAAGGCUUCAGCCAAGGAGUACAUCAAACACCAGAAAUUAUUUCAGAACUCUCAUCUUGUCAUGGUCUCGAAGAAGAAGGAACGGAGGGCUAGCCUGCCCCCACUGACCUCUCCCUCCAAGCAUGUGACAGCUUCUUCCUCCAGGAGGGGAAGUCUGAUGCCCUUGAGUAUGAUGAAGUGGAGUAGUGUGCAGCCUGGGAUAGUGGUGCCUAAGGUGCGCAUAUUUAAGGCACCUACACCGACCUAUGAGCCUGAGAGAUCACGUAGAAAGAGCAGUGCAACGGGGGGCAGCAACUUCCUCGAAUUACCACAGUGGAAAUACAAGGAGCUGAAGGAGGAAAGAAAGAAGGCGGAGGAGGAGGAGAAGAGAAGAGCCGAAGAAGCAGAGCGUGAGAGAGCAGUGAAGCGAAAAGAAAGUCAUAAAGUCAACAGGACCUCUUCAAACAGAAAGUAGAUGUAAAACGAAGGAAUUGUGAUCUUGCACUUACAAUUGCUUCUUUUGAUCAGUAGCAAGGAUUCUUAACCAUGAGAAGGAGGGUGUGAGCUGGUAAAAGUUUCUAAGUUAGUCACGUUGACCAGUGAAUGGGUAAGUGUGACAUGCUGUGGAGAGUAUGAUUUUAGGAACAGAAUACAGUCAGCUGUUCCCUGUUAAUUAACAAAAUAUGACAUUCUCGGAGAUCUUCAGCUCAAUGAAUCAACCCUUGUUUAAAUAGUAUCAAGAGGACUAUGGUACAUUUAAAACUGCAUAGGUUCUGGUCGGCAUGGACGAGGUGGAUCGAAGGGUCUGUUUCCAUGCUGUACAUCUCUAUCACUCUAUGACUCUAAAUCUGUGAUUAUCAAAAAGCUUUAUUUUUAAUAUGCCUCAUGGACAGUUUAGCCUUCUGGUUAAUAUGCUGGGUAUGGCAGUGUGAGAGACUGCUUUAUACAGACUUGCUUGCACAGAUGGUGCACCCUCCACAUUUUCCUUAAGCAUUGAACAUACUGAUCAGCACAGCCAUCACGCACUACACCACUUCAAUUGGUUGAUAGGAUUGAGCAGGCUGGCAUGUCAACAGGAGUUCAGUUCAGUCCAUUGAAGUAAAUCGUACAGUGCAGUGGUGAGGCAAUCGCAUUAGAUGUCCCAUUACUGUAUGAUCGAUUGAUAUUCCAAAAUAGAGUAGAAACCACAGUUAUUGACUGUCAUUGGUUCACAAACCGCAAAUGGAUGUUUGCCUGCAGAGAAGUACGUUUGUUUUGGUGGUGACUGUAUUGGCGGAACAGCUAUGGGUAGCCACAGCACGUUCAAAGGGGAAGGUGAUAGAGUAAGCUAUGAAGUGAUUAAAUGGCUGUAGGAAAGCCGGCUGCUAAUAUCAGAAUUAAAUUUGCAUUACUUGAAUGCAUAUUUUAGAGAAAACACUUCAAAACACGGGAAGGAGGGAGGAUUCUGGGCAGAAAAAUCUACCUCUUUGGUCUAUAAUUGUCCUCUUCUCCUAUCUCAUCUGUGUUGCUGAGGGUGCUGAAUUCCUCAUUCACUAAUGCUCAAUGUAGUCAUUAUGCUUGGUUCUCACAACAGAAUGGCAGUGUGGGAAAUUUGGAGUACUGUCCUUGCACUAUGGCAUCCUUAGCUCUUCCAGGGCAGAGACUAUGCCUAUGUAAUGGAAGUGAGUUCACAAAGGAUUGGGAGUUAACACUCAUCAUUUUACGUGCAAUCUUAUCUGCCUGUUAGACUGCAAUG